AUGUCCGAACCUACCUCUUCUCCAAUCAAGAGAAUCAUCAAUCGCUUCCGCCGUGGUAGCGGUCACGCUGACGGUGGAGAUGAUACCGAAGUACCUCCACCCGCCACUCCCAAGAAAAAGGACCGAAAGCGUAAAGGCGACAACGGUGACGACGACCCAUCGCCUCCGGCUGCCAAACGACCUGCCACUGGGCCAUCGGGACUCGAAAGAGCUCGACGUAAGUUAACGUCCAGGGCAUCAAAGGGCACAUCAACACAUCAGAAUCCGUCAUCAGUGGAUCCCGAUCCAGAGACCGAGGAAUAUCCCGAGCCAGGCCUCCCCACAUUGCCUACCACUCCCAGAAACGCAAGGGCGAUCGCCGGUAGGGUUAGUGCGAGUAUGAACCCAGACCAACUUCACCUACUAGACAGAACACCCACGAGAAAGAUGAUCAACGAAUAUCGAGCGGAAGGGGCUAGAUUUGAAAAUUGGAUGGCCAACGCUAACCUAGCUGAGCCUCGAUGCCCAGUGGUCCAGGCUACCGUGACCAUGUUCAACUUAACCAACGCCGAUGCCCCCAAUGAGCCAGAAUUUCAUGUAUGGGACUCUGAGUCGGUUGUCCCACCGAAGGAAAUCAGAGAUGGUCUUGAAUCGACAAAUCUCCCAAAGGAUAGGAGAAGGAAGACCUGGAUUCGUACAAAAUUACAUCGCAAUAAAUUAAUCAACGUCUCGGACUACGAGCAUUACAUCGUGCCAGGUGCUAUCGUUGCUAGCAAUAUUUACAGAAGGAAUAGGGGAACCCAUUGGGCUGACAUUGCUAUUGCUUUAUACAAAGAUGUGGCCGCAAUCGACACUCUCCGAUAUGUUUUCUACGCAACUGUUGAGAAUGUAGAGACCCUUCCACUGGUGGGAAGGGUGCUCUACCCAAACAAUAAUCUCCCCGGUCCCAAGAGUAAAGCUUCACCCCCGCCAAUCGAGACUUGGUAUUUGGGUACUCCUGGAUUCCGGGAAAUCCUGGGAUCACAAUUAGGAAGAGCCACGGCGCGUCUUGUUCUAGCCGCCUGGCCACGAGGUACGCAUCAGAUCCCUAGAAUCCAUACUUGGUUUAUGAGCGGUGAUCUACAUAUGCGGUUCGAUAUUGAGCCUACUGUACAGGGAGGCAAGGCGGGGAGGAAACCAAGCCUAUUUGAUUCGCCGACUGGGAAAGGGAAAGAGAAGGGAAAGAAACCAGGCUCGUUUGACUCGACUGGGAAAGGGAAAGGGAAAGAAAGGAGGAGCAGCUAG